CUUUUUUUAAAAUUUUUAUUCCUAGUUUAGUUUCCCUCUGAAUUAUUGUUGUUAAAGUGUUUUGUUUUUGGUUAUUGUGCUGGUGCUUUUCCUGUUUUUCCUCUCUUGGAUUCUGUGGAAGUGUUUUUGUGUAAGCGAGGAAAUAAAGUUUGUAGCUUUAUUGGAAUCUGAUGAUUUUUUUGUAAUACCCUUUUGUUUUUUAUGGCUAGUUUUUAAGCUUGAAAUAUUCUAGGUAUCUUUGUAUAUCACUUUCAAUUUUGAGAGCUUAUAAGGUUUUGGUUGCUGUUUUAGUGUUUUGUUGGUCUUGAUUCUCAUUUCUUAAUUGGCUUCUCUAAGGUUCCUAAUUAUUGUUGUAUGAUCAUGGAUUCUCCACAAUCUGUUGUGUCACCCUUCAGGAGCUCAAUCUUGGGUGAGGGUGAGAAGCACAAGUCUGAAAAUGUUUUCACACAAAGCAAUGGUCCCGCCUCUAAGGACAUUGAAGUCAAUGGGAAGGAAACUAUCAUGUCAAAUGCUGAGGAAUGUCUUGGGGUGCUUGACGUCUGUAUACAUCAGGCUAGGGACAUUCAAAACAUCUGCAUAUAUCAUAAGCAAGAUGUUUAUGCCAAGAUUUGUUUGACGAGUCAUCCCGAGAAUAGCGAAUCUACGAAGACCAUCAAUGGAGGAGGAAGGAACCCUGUGUUUAACGACAAUCUUCGUCUCAAUGUUUGGAACGUCGAUUCUUCUCUCAAAUGUGAGAUAUGGAUGCUGAGCAGGGUGAAGAAUUAUCUUGAAGAUCAAUUGCUUGGUUUUGCUUUGGUACCGUUAUCUGAAGUACUAGUUCAAAAUGGGAAACUAGAGAAAGAAUUCUCUCUUUCUUCAACCGAUCUAUUUCAUUCUCCUUCAGGUUUUGUUCAGUUGUCGCUUUCUUACACCGGUGCGACACCUGAUGUUAUGGCAAUAUCUGCAAUGCCUGGGGAGGCGGCUACACAUGACACUUUGCAGGACUCGGAGACAUCCGAGUUGUUAGCUAGAGAUUUGGAUAAAAUUGAGUUUCCAGAUCCUAAGAUUGUAAAUGAAGACCACUUAAUGGUUUCAGAAUAUUUCGGCAUUUCAUGUGACGAGACUCAGUGUUCUGAUAGCUUGAACACUUCUGAUGCUGAAAAUCAUAGUUCCGAAGCAGGCAUUCGGCUUGUGGAAAGCUUCUCAGCAUGCAGUGUUGAGUCUGUGCAACCUCCUAAGGUUGAUUCUCCUCCGAGCAGUUUGUCGACAAAUGGAGUUUCUUCCCCUUCUGCACCUGAAAGCUCAGAAUCAUCUGAUGCUGCAGCUUCUAAGUCUCCAGGUCAAGAACAAGUUUCAGGCACCGAAGAGGUAAAAAAAGUGGAUGUCAAAGAUGGUGAGAGCGAUUCCUCAAGUGCUGUUCCAAGUGAUUUAUUCCCAAAGCCUUUUGUGAAUGUGAACAUCGAGCCAGAGCCGACAAUGGUGCAACAGGAUAUAGUAGACAUGUAUAUGAAAAGUAUGCAGCAAUUUACCGAGUCAUUAGCGAAAAUGAAGCUUCCUAUGGACGUUGAAAGUGAGCCUACUAGUUCGGGAAAUUCAAGUACCGAGCAGAAACUACCGCCAUCUAAGAACGGUAGCUCCCGUGUCUAUUAUGGGAGCAGAGCUUUCUUUUGAGCUUUUGCUUCCUUGGUUUAAGGGAAUAUAAGCCGGUGACUGUAGAUUUUUAGAACGAAAAAUGAGAUUUGGAUUCUCUAUAGUCACGCAGUUGUGGAUCUCAGCUGUUAGAUUAAGAUCGAAUUGUAUUUCAUAAUGCAUUUUUUAAGACAAUUCGGUGGACUCAAAAUACUAUCGUUCUGAUCUGCAUCCAGCGAUCAGAUCCCUUGUGUGUCGGACUGUGUGUUUUCCUUUGACUGUAGGGAAUUUGGGUCCAGAAAACUGAUAAUAGCAGUGAAAUGAAAUAAUGUACUCUAUCCAGUGUGGUUUCUCCUUCUGUAUUUUCUUGAGAUGUUGUAGGUUACAGGGAAUAUAACUUUGUACUCUCACAAGCAUGUUGUUAUCUUAACUGCUACAUUAACUUUUCUGUGUUACCUUCUUUCUUUGUCUUUUUGAUUUGAAUGUCAAUAAUUGCAAAAUGGAA